AUGUUUUCUUUAUGUUCUGUGAGUAAGUGACAUUAUGUGGUGCAUCGUGGCUUUGACGUGUCACUGCAGCACACUCGCAUCUCAGAUCAAAGGAGAGAGAAUUCAGUUGGAAUUCAUAACAAAGUACUAACUCCCUUUAAUCCAGCUGUCAGUUAAAAGACACUUGAGCUGAUGGUAAACAUUAGCAGCAACUACACCAGACUACAGUGCAGAGGAUUCACGACGAUGAGAGAUUGUCCCGAGUCACCGACCACCACCAACAAACAAUAAAGAACCAGGAAGAAGGAUCCCCCAGAAGAAGGUCAACUACAUGACAUGGCAACACGGUUUGAACUGGAGGCCUCGAAGAUGAAUGUCCAUCAAAAUGGUCCGAAGCUGCCAAUGGCAACCUUCGACAUCAAGAAUCCGGAGAUCAAGAGUAAGUCUGAGCCCAACGACUUCUCAUCCUCCUCCUUCUCCUUCUCCUCCUUGUCCAAGAAGGAAAAGAAAAGCAAAGGUAAAAGGAAGAAAAAUAGGUUGACCACUGCAGACAUCGGACCUCCGACCAACUUCAGGCACUUGGGGCAUGUCGACCACAGUCCAAACGCAGCAUUUAACCUGAAGAACCUGGAUGUGGAGCUUCAGAAUCAGUUCGACAUGUGUGGGAUCUCUCAGCCCAAGCUGAAGGACGUGGACAUUUCUGAUAACGGGGCGUUAGACGGUACUCAGAAAAAAGCUCCUCCAAGAAAACAAUGCGCACCGCUGCCCCCUCCCCACCGGGCAGCUCCACCAAUGAUGCCAUCCCUAACUUCUCCCACAUAUGCCUCAAUUCACGUGGCACCUACAGGUCCAUUUCCUCCUCCUCCUCCACCUCCUCCUCCUCCACCACCACCACCUCCUCCUCCUUUGUUACCUACUUCAGUGCUGUCACUGGCUAGUAGCAAAGGGAACAGCAGUUUGCCAUCACCAGGGGGCAGGUUGUCAAUGUUUGUUCAGAUCAAAGAAGGCAUCCAGCUGAAGCAGGUGGAGCAAAAAGACAGAAGUGAUGAACGUCCUGCUCCUUCACCCUCCACACACAGUGUUGGAGAAGAAAGCCGUGUACGGUCGUGGCAGCAGUCCGUACAGUUAUGUCACAUUACAGAGGCCAGGCGAUUAAAAAGGGUGGAGAAGAAAAACGGAACUAAAGAACCAUCAACUUCUCCGUCACCUCCAACUCCUGCUCCAUCACUGUCCUCACUUACCAGUGGAGGAGACAACGGUCUUGUGCUAUCUGGGAACCGGUCAGCACUGCUGAGUCAGAUCAAAGACGGGUUUCAACUGAAGAAGGUGGAGCCGAGUGACCGCACCAGCAGCCCUCAAACUCCUUCACCUUCCAGCCUGGCUCUCAGUAACACCGGGAAUUGUGGUCUUCACUGCUCUGAUGGAGAGUCACUUCUGGACCAGAUCAGAGGAGUCCAACUCAAACGAACUGAAGACCAUAGAGAAUUGACUCCUUCCUCCUCCUGCCCCUCCUCCUCCUCUUCCUUGCAUUCAGAAGAUUUUAGAGCAUUUUUGAAGGACGGGAUCAAGAGAAGAAUCAAGACCCCGUACUAGACGUUGUUGAGGUUGUUUGACUAACUCUUGUGUCCCUGGAAUUGCAAAUCCAACUGACGCCAGUGAGAGGCGUUAUUGCACGAUACUGUUAGAUUUUGACACGAGAAGCAGAAACAUUUAACGCCGGUGCCUAAAUUAAGGCAUCUCGUUAAAAACACCUAUCAAAACAAAGUUUUUUUUUUUAACACCCUCCAACUGUCUUGGUCUAAAUCGAUGACAUGUUCCAGCCUUACAGCAACAACAUCACUGGUUUGAGGCCAGGAUUAUGUGCAGGUGAUGGAUCCAAAUCAUAAC